AUCCCAACCCAUCCCAAACCACAUUGGCAUCUCUGACUUCACCAAAACCAAACCACAAACUCAGACCAAACACAAAGGUCAAAUCUUUUUGCGUAACCCACCAGACCCAAACGGCCAUUUCUCCCUUCCAACACCUCCCACAACCUCUCUGGUCGCAUUUUCCAAUCCCAAGCCACACUCAAUUCCAGGCCUUUCGAUCACGCCCUGCCGUUUGGGUCAAUGGCGGUCUCGACCAGCUUUGCAGGAGCCAAAUUGGAGGCUCUUUUCUUGAAGGCAUCGGCCUCUUCUUCUUCUUCCUCCAAUGCUUCGUAUUUGCCGAGGCCCAUUUGGACCAGAAGGGUUCAGAGAGGAGUCAGGUGCGAAGUCGCGGCCUCUGAUGUUGCUCAGACUGGCUCUUCUUCCAAUGUCUCGGCUCUUGAGCAGCUCAAGACUUCUGCUGCUGACAGAUAUACAAAGGAGAGAAGCAGCAUUGUGGUCAUUGGGCUUAGUAUUCACACAACACCUGUUGAGAUGCGUGAAAAACUAGCCAUUCCAGAAGCUGAAUGGCCUCGAGCUAUUGGGGAGCUGUGUGGCUUAAAUCAUAUUGAAGAAGCUGCUGUUCUUAGCACCUGCAACAGGAUGGAGAUAUAUGUUGUAGCUCUAUCUCAGCAUCGUGGAGUCAAAGAAGUGACUGAAUGGAUGUCAAAGACAAGCGGUGUCCCUGUUUCUGAGCUAUGCCAGCACCGGUUCCUAUUGUAUAACAAUGAUGCUACACAACAUCUCUUUGAAGUAUCAGCAGGUCUCGACUCUCUUGUCCUUGGAGAAGGUCAGAUUCUUGCCCAGGUGAAACAGGUUGUUAAAGUUGGGCAAGGUGUUGUUGGCUUUGGCAGGAACAUCAGUGGGCUAUUCAAGCAUGCAAUCACUGUGGGAAAACGUGUUAGGACUGAGACUAACAUCGCUGCAGGUGCAGUUUCUGUGAGCUCUGCUGCUGUUGAACUUGCCUUGAUGAAGCUUCCUGAACCCUCUCAUGCUACUGCUAGAAUGUUAAUUAUUGGUGCGGGGAAAAUGGGGAAGCUUGUGAUCAAACAUUUGGUAUCCAAAGGUUGCACAAAGAUGGUUGUUGUAAAUAGGAGCGAGGAGAGAGUAGCAGCCAUCCGUGAAGAAAUGGAGGGUGUUGAGAUAAUCUACAAGCCCCUCACGGAAAUGCUCGCCAGUGCAGCCGAGGCAGAUGUGAUUUUUACAAGCACUGCAUCAGAAACCCCAUUAUUUUUCAAAGAAAAUGUGAAAGACCUCCCUGCUGUUGGUCCAGAGACUGGGGGUUUGAGGCUAUUCGUCGAUAUCUCUGUGCCUAGGAAUGUGAGCUCAUGUGUUGCAGAUGUUGAUGGUGCUAAAGUUUACAAUGUUGAUGACCUUAAGGAGGUUGUGGCUGCUAACAAGGAGGAUCGUAUCCGGAAAGCUAUGGAAGCUCAAUCAAUUAUUACUGAAGAAUCAAAGCAAUUUGAAUCAUGGAGAGACUCAUUGGAGACAGUUCCUACCAUCAAGAAAUUAAGAGCUUAUGCGGAAAGAAUCAGAGUUGCUGAGCUAGACAAAUGCUUAUCAAAAAUGGGUGAUGACAUAACAAAGAAAACUAGAAAAGCUGUGGAUGAUCUUAGCCGAGGUAUUGUGAACAAGCUCCUUCAUGGUCCAAUGCAGCACUUACGAUGUGAUGGGAGUGACAGCCGAACUUUGAGUGAGACCCUUGAAAAUAUGCAUGCUCUUAACAGAAUGUUCAGUCUUGAGACAGAAAUAUCUGUGUUGGAGCAGAAGAUUCGAGCUAAGGUGGAACAAACCCAGAAGUAAGCUCCUACAUCAUUUUUCUUUCAUGACUCUUCUACCUCAAAGUCAAAUAAGGGGAAACAUCCUCACAUUGUGGUUUAGUUCACUUUGGUGUAAUCUAAAAUUGGAUAGACAAGUGGUGUUGGUCCCAGCUAGGGAUCUUCCAAUUCAUUCAUUGGUGUAAGACACUUAACCUGGCUGUUAUCUUGGAGUUCUUUAUGUCUUCGAUAUGUUCUUAAGUGGCUGUUCGGCUAUGUACGCAGUAGCAAAUUGCGGAAUUAUGAGGUGAACAUAUGUGUCCGUAAAGUUACGUCUGUAUCUUGUAUACUGUUAAUUCUUGUAAUUAUUGAUAAUUGGAUUCGGAAUUUUGAUAUGAAUAUAUUUGAGUUUUCUGCACA